CACAGUGUUUGGUAUUUCCGACAUUAAGUGAAGGCACCGUGACGUUUGCAUGGAAAACGAAACUUACACAGACGUGGAAAUAAUAGUUAUCACAGAAAACACGUACUAAUAUGAGAUUUGUACGUUGUUCUCCUACAUGUAUGUAGUUUAGGCUAGCAUUCCGACUGCUGAGUUUUAAUUUCCAUCAUGGAGUCGGAAAACUACGUCGCUAAACUGAACGAGUUUGUCCAGAGGAAACGUUUGGAGCUGAGAUAUGAAGACGUCGGAUGUUCUGGACCUGAUCACAUUAAAACGUUUACCCUCAGAGCUGUCCUCAAUGGUAAGGCCUAUCCUGACGGAGUGGGCAAGAACAAGAAGGAAGCCAAACAGAACGCGGCUAAAAACGCCUUCAGCGGCUUAUUGGAGGAAACAGCUGAUUCUACAGAACAUGCAGCUGAAGCUUCUUCUACACCUGUUCGUCACACAAGCAUCAAUUACAUAUGUUGGCUGAAUGAAUACGGUCAGAAGAUGAGGCUGAUUAUAAAACCAGUGGAGAUGACCAAACUCGGAAACUUAAUACAGCUUACCGUUGUAGGUUUGUGGUUGGUGAUAAGGAAUAUCAGAGGUCUGUGGAAAAACAAGAGGGGAGCUAAGGAGGAAGCAGCCAAGCUGGUAUAUGAUGACAUACAUGGCAGUAGAAAUACAGAGACUGAGGAUGUGAAAUACAGUGCUGUGUCAGUCCACAAAGGAAAAUGGAGUCAGAAUGAAGAUGACAUUUGCGAUAGGACAAAGAGCCUGAGUGUAAAGACAGAAGACAGCAGCUUACAGAAAAAGAUUUCAUUUCAAUCAUCAAUCUCUACUGUCAGAAACAAGGCGCACCCAGGAAUCAUCCUAGUUGAAAGAAUAUUUUUCUACAAAUUAGUGAUCAACAACAAGGAAUAUCCUGUUGGUGAGGGCAAGAGUGUCAAGGAGGCCAAACAAAAUGCAGCCAGCUGGCCUGGUUUGCUUCAGGAACGUCAACUGGGACAACUCGCAGCAAACUCCAUAAAUUCUGUCAGAAAAAGAAAAGAGGAUGUGAAGAUCUCUGAUGUCAAAGAAAAGCAUAAAGAAAAAAGUUCCAGUCAGAAACAUUCAAGUCAGUGCGUAACCUCGAGGUUUAUGUCAGAAUUUGACUCCAUAGAGCGCAUUGCAAAGGUGCCUUUGUCGAGUUUUAAGGCGAAACAAAAACUGCUGGACAAAUAUUUUGAUAAAAUCGUCCGCUGCAAAGAAAAGGCUCUCCGGGAGGUCGGGACGCUAUCAGACCUCCACCACUCUAACAUUGUUCGAUAUUACACAUGUUGGAUGGAGGAUUCAGAAUACCAGUGGGAUAGUACAGGUGACAGUAGCACUACUUCACAGUCCUCUACCAGUAAAUCAUCUGCACAGUAUCUCUAUAUUCAGAUGGAGCUGUGUGACACCAGAACACUACGAGUGUGGAUAGACGAGAGGAAUACUCAGAAUGUGAAGAAAUCUCUGCGAGACUUCAGAAGAAGGGAGGACAGUCUGAGCAUUGCUCAGCAAAUAGUCAGCGGAGUCGAGUACUUUCACUCCAAGAGACUCAUCCACAGAGACCUAAAGCCUGCCAACAUCAUGUUCGGUCAGGAUGGAGGAGUGAAGAUUGGAGACUUUGGUCUGGUCACUACUGAGACUGAUGAUGAUGCUGAGAAUCUGAUGGAGAGAACAGAGUACAAAGGAACACCGUCUUACAUGGCUCCUGAGCAGAAAAGCAGAAGCACAUAUGACCGAAAAGUAGACAUAUUUUCAUUGGGGUUGAUAUAUUUUGAACUUAUUUGGAACCUCCCUGCGGGCCCUGAAAGGAAAGCGAUUUGGGACAAUGCCAGAAGCCAGAAACUUCCUCAUGGAUUUUUGCACAAUUUUCCCCAAGAGUACCAAAUUAUAAGGUCAAUGCUGUGUAUGAAGCCUGAAGAACGACCUGAAGCAAGUCAACUAAAGAAAGAGUUUGAAGACUGCGCUCAUGCACUUUACACCCUAAAACAAAUGAAUCGAAAGAUUAGAACUGUCUGACUAUUUCAAGGAUCCACUGGGCAAAAAGUACACAUUCUUCAUGACAAGUAGGACUAUUGAUUCAGUAUCACGUUCUGUAAUAUAUGGAUGAUGUGAACGCCAAAGGUACUGUCUUUUUUAACACCUGGAUUUUCAUUCUCUGAUGCGAGUCAUGUUUAUGUGGUAGAAAAGAGUUCAUAGACUUAAUUUUAUAAUGGAAACAUUUAGUAAAAUUUGUACUACUGUCUCAGGACUUCACUACUACAAGUAAUUUAUUCUAAUGUGUAAAAGGUUGUAUAUAUGUGUGUAUUAAAAAUGAUGCAAUCUUGUACAAAACAAACAUUUUUCUCAGAGUCAAAAAAAGGCUGCAAUAUGAUCUUGAACAGCCAUCUGAGUAAAUUAUUUUAGUGCA